UUAAAAACCAUUAAAAAAAGCCCCCAAAUUUUGAACAAAAAAAUCAGAGGUUUUCUUCAGAGAUGGAAACGGAGAAAGUGGUGUCGGAGAUGGAAGAGCUGCCCAAGACUAUUGUGCGCAGGGUGGUUAAGGAUAAGCUCAAUGAGUGUUCACCCGACACUGAGAUUACUGUCAGCAAAGACUCCCUUCUCGCUUUCUCCGAAAGUGCCCGGAUCUUUAUCCAUUACCUCUCUGCCACGGCUAAUGAUAUAUGCAAGGAGUCGAAGAGGCAAACUAUUAAUGCUGAUGAUGUAUUAAAAGCAAUUGAAGAAAUUGACUUUCCUGAGUUCGUAGGCCCUCUUAAAGCUUCCCUUGAUGAGUUUAAGCAGAAAAAUGCUGGGAAGAGAGCAGUAGCAUCGAAGUCAAAAGAAGAGAAAAAGAAACGUAAAGUGGAAGAAGAGCGGGCAAAGUCAAUUGCUGAAAAGAAUAAACAAGAUAAAGGAGAUGAAGACGAUGAGGAGUAGGAUGAAGGUAGAGGAAGCAAUGUGCAUGACUGUUAUCUACCUUGCCAGAGGGGUGAAUUCUAUGGCAUACUUUAUCAAUACAGCUUCUAGCAGGUUAAUCGUUACGUUGAAAAGCAUCAGUUAUUUCAUUUGUUUCAGAGAUAUCUAAAAGAUCAUGUCUUUUUUUGAAGUUGGCAUAUCAAAUAUUAAGCUUCCUGUAAACUCAGGAAUGUUUAUUUGAACAAUUUAAUUUACCAAA